AUGCAGAACGUGAAGCCAGGUAGCCCCCAGCCUGACGAGACGCCGAUGGAGUCCAAGCAUAUCAUGGGCAUACCCAGAGUGGCCCACACCACCAAGUACAAUGCACCCGUGCAUAUUGACGUAGGGGGUACCCUCUACACAUCGUCCUUGGAAACUCUUACCACCUACCCGGAGUCGCGGCUGGGCAAGAUGUUCAACGGGCAGAUCCCGAUCGUGCUGGACACGCUCAAGCAGCACUACUUCAUCGACCGCGACGGCGGCAUGUUCCGCUACAUCCUGAACUUCCUGCGCAACAAGAAGCUGCUGCUGCCCUCCGACUUCUCGCACUUCGACCUGCUGAUUCACGAGGCGCGCUACUUCGAGCUUGACAAAAUGGUGUUUGCUCUGACCAAAGUGAAGAACGAGUGCCAAGAGUCGACGCAUGACCGUGAUUGGCUGAGCCGGGCCACGGAGCGCCUACACCGUGAGACCGAGCGGCUGAUGCAAGAGAGAGUCCCCUUCAACCUUCAACAUUGGUCCUGA